AUGAAGAUAUUACUAACCCAAAGAACUGUUUUGUUAUCCAUCCUCUUGUUCAUUAUUUCAGUUGCUAUUACGAAUGCAGAAUACGAAGAGGCAGAUUACAUGUCCGAUCUUAUAAAAUCACUCGCCCCAACUCCCUCUAACUGGUCUAAUACCACUGACUACUGCAAAUGGAAAGGCAUCUUUUGCCAAUCUAAUCGAGUUGUUUCCAUCAACCUUCCAUCAAGCUCACUCACCGGAACACUCCCUCCUCAUCUCUACCCUCUUACUAAUCUCACUCACAUCGAUCUCCACAAUAAUUCACUCAACGGUGCUUUGCCUAACUUUUCUGGUCUAGGCAACCUGGAAGCCGUAAACCUUGGCCACAAUAAGUUCAACACAAUCCCAAACGGUUGCUUUCAAGAUAUUCCAUCUCUUCAAGUACUUAACCUUAGCAAUAAUUUGAAUCUACAACGUUGGUCUUUUACUAAGAAUUUAAUUGAUUCCCUCUUUUUGCGUGUCCUCGAUCUUGAAGCUACAAAUAUCGAAGACUCGUUACCAUCGGAUAUGUUUGAUCCCUACCCGAGGCUGCAUACUGUUGUUUUUUCGUACAACAACAUCAUGGGACCACUUCCUCGGUCACUUGGGGAUUCCGUAGUAAGAUAUUUAAGAGUCAACAACCAAAAGAAUCCGAAUGGUUUUACGGAAACAAUUGACCUGAUAUCAUCCAUGAGAUUCUUGUCUCAAGCGUGGCUUAACAACAACAGUUUUUGGGGUUCAAUUCCUAACAUGUUUACUUCAAAAUAUUUGUUUGAUCUGCAGCUUCAAUCAAAUUACUUAAAUGGUUUUGUUCCACCUUCAUUGCUAGAUCUCACUAGCUUGAACAACAUCUCUUUGGACAACAAUCAACUUCAAGGACCAAUACCUGUGUUUCCCAAGCGCGUCAAGGCAACUUGGAAAGGAAAUUAUUUUUGUGAAAGCCAUGCUGGACAUUGUGAUCCACAAAUUACAUUUUUGCUUCAGAUUUUUAAAGAUGCUGGAUUUUCUCCUUUAUUUACAAGGAGUGGAGGUAACCAAAGUGAUGCUUGUAUAGGCUGGUUUUGGAUUAAGUGUCGAAGAGGGAAGAUUGUGAGCGUUGAUUUGGAGAACUACAGUUUUAUACCAGACAGUCUAACAACAUUGCCUCAUCUUCAACUUCUUGAUAUUUCUCAUAACAAUCUGACUGGACAAAUUCCCAAAUUUUCAUCCAAGGUUAAGUUAUUUACCCAAGGAAAUCCUUUGCUUCGCCUAAAUAUUUCCGGAGAUGGUAGAGGUAAAAAUGCAACUAAUUCCGGAUAUGAUGAUGUUCAAACAAGAAAAAAUGGAGGUGAAAAUAUUGGCUUAAUUAAAUAUGUUUGGAUAAUAGGAGCAAUUGUUGGAUUUAUAAUACUUAUUGGAUUGAUUGUUUACUAUGGUAAGAAGUGUUUUAUUUUAGUACAAAGGUGGAUAUUUAGGGGAACAACAAAAUCUAUUAAUCAUAAUGUGGAGAAUUUUAUGGAAAGUUAUAAAUUGUCAGUGCCGAUAAAACAAUAUAGAUAUGCAGAAGUGAAAAGAAUGACAAACUCAUUCCGAGAUAAAUUAGGUCAAGGAGGAUAUGGGACUGUGUACAAAGCAAGCUUAUCUGAUGGUCGUCAAGUGGCUGUGAAAGUAAUAAAAGAGUCUAAAGGAAAUGGAGAAGAAUUCAUAAAUGAAGUUGCUAGUAUUAGUAGAACGUCACACGUCAAUAUUGUCUCGCUUUUGGGUUUUUGUUAUGAGAACAAAAGAGCGCUAAUAUAUGAAUUCAUGUCCAAAGGGUCAUUGGAUAAUUUCAUCCUUAAAAGUGGAUUUUCUGAUUCUGUUUCUAGUUUGGAUUGGAGCACAUUAUCCAAAAUUGCAAUGGGCAUUGCUCGUGGAUUAGAAUACUUGCAUCAAGGAUGUAUUUCAAGGAUAUUGCAUCUUGAUAUCAAACCUCAAAAUAUUCUUUUGGAUGAAGAUUUUUGCCCAAAAAUAUCUGAUUUUGGACUGGCUAAAAUAUGUCAAAGAAAUGAUAGUGUUGUGUCAAUACUUGGCGCGCGAGGAACUAUAGGAUACAUAGCACCAGAAGUAUUUAGUCGAAUAAAUGGCGGAGUUUCUCACAAAUCAGAUGUAUACAGUUAUGAUUGGAUUUAUAAGGAUCUUGAGCAAGAUAAUAACUUUGUGAAUUGUGUAGCAAAUUCUGAGGAAGAAAAUGAUAUGGUGAGAAAAAUUACUAUGGUAAGUCUAUGGUGCAUUCAAACAAACCCAUCAGAUAGACCUUCAAUUAGUAAAGUAAUAGAAAUGCUACAAGGACCACUUCGGUCGGUUCCAUAUCCUCCGAAGCCUUUUUUAUAUUCUCCUGAAAUUCCAAUAUUCCAAACUUCAUGUGUGCCUUCAAGCAGUUUCUCAGAGACAAAGUCAUCAACCUUAUCGGGGAAUGGUUCCUUGAAAACAAACAAGUUCAGCAAAGACAACAAUGAAAUUGUGAUUGUAAUGUAA